AAUACAAGAUGGCCGCUGCGAGUUUUGUCUUGGUGCGUGCGUUGCAGUCGUAGUGUGGAGAAUUGUCUUUCCUUAAGUGACCAUAUUUGUGGACAUUUAUCUCGCUCACGCCGCUGGAAGUUGUAGUGCUUAGCGUACUGGCCACGCCAUGAGCGUGAGGACUUGACUGCCCGUGAAAUCUGUCGAAUCGUGCGAAGCCGGCCUCAAGGCGUCAGGAUGCAUGAGAUGCCAGCUUUGACCGAGUCCUCUUAGCCCCAUCGAAAACAUUCUUUCACGUGACGCCAGCAUGCAGGUGAUUCAGACGCAGCCGAUGACUCCUGCUGGCCGCUUCCAGUACGGAGGUGGCCCCAAGUAUGGCGGGGGCUACGGAGGGCCACGCAACCCAGGAGGACCCUACGGCCCCGUCGGAGGUCGACCCGGCAUGACCUCCAUGCAGAGCAUCGAAUUUGAUGGCAAACGGCUGCGCAAGGCAGUGGCUCGCAAGACUGUCGACUACAACGCAGCUGUGGUCGAGUACCUAGAGAAUCGAGUCUGGCAGAGGGACUACCGUGAUGCAAGGGCCCUGCAGCCGGAUUCAGGCUACUACACUAGGCUGAUGCCCCCGCUGGCAAUGUUGGCAAACCCCAUCAAUGCUGUGACCACCAAGUUUGUGCGCACCUCGACCAACAAGAUGCGCUGUCCCAUCUUCUGUGUAGUGUGGACUCCCGAGGGUCGCCGCCUCAUCACGGGUGCAUCAAGUGGGGAGUUCACCCUCUGGAACGGGCUCACGUUCAACUUUGAGACCAUUCUGCAGGCGCACGACUCGUCGGUGCGCUGCAUGGUGUGGAGCCACAACGACACGUGGAUGGUGACAGGCGACCAUUCGGGCUAUGUCAAGUACUGGCAGUCCAACAUGAACAACGUCAAGAUGUUCCAGGGCCACAAGGAGGCCAUUCGAGGCAUCAGCUUCUGCCCGACGGACACAAAAUUCACCACUUGUUCCGAUGACGGAACGGUGCGUGUCUGGGACUUCCUGCGCUGCUUUGAGGAGAAGAUCCUCCGAGGGCAUGGGGCGGAUGUCAAGUGCGUUGAUUGGCACCCACAGAAGUCACUCAUUGUUUCUGGCAGCAAGGACAGCCAGCAGCCCAUCAAGCUGUGGGACCCCAAGUCUGGCCAAAGCCUAGCAACCAUCCAUGCACACAAGAGCACAGUGAUGGAGGUCAAGUGGAACCGCAAUGGCAACUGGCUGCUCACCGCUUCCCGAGACCACCUGCUCAAACUCUUUGAUAUCCGCAAGAUGAACCAGGAAAUGCAGACCUUCCGUGGACACAAGAAGGAGGCCUGCAGCUUGGCAUGGCACCCAAUCCACGAGUGCCUGUUUGCCAGUGGUGGUUCUGAUGGCGCCGUCAUGUUCUGGAUGGUUGGGGCUGACAAGGAGGUGGGCGCCAUGGAGAACGCCCAUGACUCGUGCGUCUGGUCCCUGGCCUGGCACCCAUUGGGGCACAUCCUCUGCUCGGGCUCCAACGACCACACCAGCAAGUUCUGGACGCGCAAUCGACCUGGUGACAAAAUGCGGGACAAGUACAAUCUCAACACUCUGCCCAGAGGACUGGAUGACUCUGGAGAGUAUGAUGAGCCAACGACCACACCAGCAUCAGCCACUCCUAAUAUACCUGGCAUGGGACUGGAGCAGGCCACCCUGGAGGCAGUGCGUGCUUUAAGUGAUGUGCAGACUUCAGCAGCACCCAUUUCGGGGGGAGGCGGUCGGAAAGACUUUGGUGGUGGCCGGGAACUCGGUGGCUCCAUUCCGGGCCUGGACUUUGGCGAAGAGAUGCACUCGGAGAGCCACUCGGGCGGUGGCGGCCGACACAAGCGCACCCCGUUCUCCAAACCCAUUCCAAAGCACUUCCAGCAGCAGUGGAUGGAGAACAAGCAGCCCCUGCUGCUCGCACCUCCACCACCCGAAGGAGGCGUGCCUGCUCAGAAGCAAGACGGUGCAGAUGGUUCCCAGCCGCCAGCGACGAUGCCGGGCAUGACACCUCAAGGUGGUAUGAACCUUCAGCAGCAAGGCAUGCCGAUGAUGGGCCAGCCACCUGGCUUUGCACCUGUUGGGGGCCUGCUGAAUGCACCCCCGCAUCCAACAGGCAUGAUGUUCCCCCCACACUUCCAGGGCACCCCACCAGUCUCUGCUGCCGGUGUCGAUGCACCGCCCAACGGAGUGCCACCCAUGGGCUUUCGACACCAGGGUAUGCCAUCCUUGGCUGGUCAGGACCAGGGCCAAUUCCAAAGGCCCGGAAGCGGCGAGUGGCGCAACAUGGGUGACUCUGGCAACCAGCCACCACCACAGCACAGGCAACAGUUCCAGCAGCAGCAACAGCAGCAAGAUGGCAGUGCUCCUGAUUCUGGCAACUUCUUCCAGCCACAGCAGCCGCAACAACAGCAGUUCUGGCGAGGCAGCCCACACAAGCGUGGAGGCAGCACCCACUGGUACCAAGGGGAUGGGGGAACCCCCGGGCAGCAGCAGCAGCAGCAGCAGCAGCAGCAGCAAGAGGGACUCAAGCGGCCGUGGGGCGCCGACGAAGGGGGAUCAGAGGGGCAGCCACCUAGCAAGAGGGGCGGAGGAUGGGGCACCAGGGGCGGUUUUGGGCGCGGCUUUGGCCGAGGGGGCUUUCGUGGCCGAGGGGGCUUCCGCGGUGGCAGGGGCGGUCCGAGGGGAGGGGCAAGGGGCCACUGACGGUUGCAUCCCUUUUGGUACGUCCCUGCUCGUGUCUUCGGUGUCGCCUUCUCAGUCGUGCAUGGUGUCGAAACAAUGAGACCUAAAGACAAGCAUCACUUCUGGCGUAGCUGGGAAGAGGGGGUUGUUGUUAUGAGCAUUUGCGAGGCCUUAGGUGCUCUUAGGAAGUGUUCCAUCCCAUCAGUUCAUAUCUUCAACGUCACCAUCCUCAUGUGAACUGAACUUUGGAGCGUGUGAGAACUCUUGUACAAUACUACUACUUGUGCAAAGCAUUCUGUGGGGAAGUCCCUGCGGCGAUUGUUCUUGCACUCACAUUGUCAUGUUUUACUAAACUGUGGUAAAGAAGUGAACUUGACUCGCACACCUUUGCGCCCCAAUUCAUCUUUUGGUGCACACGUUUUUAGGACAAGGCUCAGAAAUCGAAGCAUUAAAGGAGAAUUGUCAUGCCAAAGUUAAAGCUAGGGAUUUAAGACCUGUAUACACAGUGAAUGGUGGGCAACAAAUUCCAUUUCUAGCAGAACUACGAUUUUUAAAGUUAAUUCUGGUUUGAUCUUAAACAGUUGUUGAACUUCCACACAGUUAUCUCUUGUACUAUUUGAUAUAUAUAAGUGGAACCUCGUUAAUGCGUACCUGCCGGGAACGCCGCAUAACUACGCACUAAACGGUAGUACGCUUUAACCACCAAGUAAAAAUUUGCAUCUCCUCGCGUACGCCAUCGCCGCCAGCAAAGAAAUAAAUACAGUGUCACAGAAAAUAUUGCCUAAAGUACCCACUGCAAAGCCUUUUCUUUCUUUUUGCCAAACUGGAGAAAAGAUUCUGGUACUCUCAAAGCUUUUCUUUCUUUUUGCCAAACUGGAGAAAAGAUUCUGGUACUCUCGCACGACCGUCCGAUAGUGCCGAUAGCGCGCGGUGGCGACGCCAAGGAGCAUUUCGGAACUAUUACAGGGUCCGGUAUACGUAGUGACCAACGUAGCGACAGAACGGACAGUGUCGGCUUUCCGCGAUAUAUGUGUGUGCGUCUGUACCGCGAUCGGCUACUAAAUGAAAACUGACACAGUUCCAGUGAAACGCUGCACGGCUGCGUGGAGCCGAUCGUCUCCUGGAUAGUUGCGUGCAGCGUGUCGCCUUCUCGGCUCACGCCGUCACUGCCGGGCCGCUUGCUGUACCGCACGCGCGCAUUUGUCGUAGGAGUGUUCUUCGUACCCUCUUCGCACCAGAUCGUGCACAGAUGCGGCGAUGAGCACAGAUGAGCUUGCGAACUUCCUGCAAGCGAUGCGCACUCCGCAACGCUCUAGCGGUCCUGGCAGCGGACGGAAGCGCGUUUGGGUGGUCGCCUAAUAAAAGCGUGCAGUAUGGUUAAAACAGCGCUACGCUUGCUGAACCGUACGCGUGCGUUUAGCGUGAUAGCGUCUAUGCAAAGAGGUUUCUCGUCGCCCACGACUAGCAACGCUCAACUCCGCAACAGCGUUUCUACAAAGCGGCGCGCGCUUGAACACGGCCCCGCACAACGAGGCGGCAGAGAUCGGCGGCCCAGCGCGUUCAGGUUAUCGCCUAUUAAAAGCGUGCAGUAGGCUUAAAGCAGUGCUGCGCCGCACGCGUGCCCGAGCAGCUAUCUGAAGAUACUUAUUGUGAUAAGGUUGUCGGCGGUAAGUCAUGCUGGCGCGUUCGUCGGUGGCCGCUGCCUCACCUUCGUUCUUUCCCGAUGCUUACCCGCAAAGGCGUCGCCGCAAUCGCGUGGAAGUCGGAAUCAGUGGUCGACCGAUCUACGCACUUCUCGAAAAGACGGAAAACCUUUGGCGGCACAUUGUGGCGUCGGGAAGUUCAGCGGCGCAGUAAAAUUUUAUGGCACAAAACGUUAUCGCGGUACGCAGGGCACGCACUAACCGGUAGGCGUAGGGCGAAGCACUACGGCUUAAGCGGUCAGCGAAUGCAUUAGGCUCUAUGAGACUCGGUCGGGGAUUCGUCGCAACUACGUUUUAACCGUUAGUACGCUUACAGCGGGUACGUAUUAACGAGGUUCGACUUAGCCGUCUGUAACAGCUGCUGUGUUUGAAUGCGUUGAGUGGCGAGUUUGUAUUGCAACAUCAGCAGAACCACCCAAUUUCUGUGAUCUGCAAGCUAAAGGCACAUGUCCGUAAGGCAGGCUUUGUCAAAGUUCUGGUAAAAAGCAUACUCAGUAAGCACUUGUGUGCUAAUUAUUGGUUGGCAAUUUGUGUGAUCUGUCCUGCAUGAUCCACAUAUGCAGGAAAUCAACAUGAGCUAGUUUAUUCAUAUGACGAACUCACUCUUGACUGUGUCACCCAUUCUGUUCAUUGGGCGAUACUGUCUGGUCAUUCAUGAAUGCUGCUUAACUGUGUGCCUUUUAGUGAGGGUGAAAACUUGCGGGUUACUUGGUGUAUUCUGUGGUUUGUUGCUUUGGUUUAUAGAGUUUGCGUCACACAGCAUUGUAUGGGAAGUGUGCUGUGCACUGCGGCUCUUUUGUAGCGUGUACGUGAUGUGGCAACGCUUCCGUCCAAAAGGGGAAACCUCUUGGCUUAUGAAGAUGGACAGCAUUUGUUCGAGCAGCAUUCUUUGUUACUGCUUUCAUUAAUGCCCCUAGAAAAGGACAAAUACUUUCUUGUUUCGUGAGCUAGAUGCAUUGCAGGAAGACGUGUGCACUGAGAAUACAGAAUCUACUGCAAAGUACCGCCUUUUGCGUGGAAAUGUUGUCAUUCCUUAGAAACCAUAAGUCCUGGAUAACUUUGAGCAAAAGGUAGAGUAUGAUUGCACAUUUGCCAGCACAAGUCAUGGUGAAUGUCAAUCCGCAGCAAAGCGAAAUGUGAAUAGAAAUUGUUCAAGUUUCCUUUUUUGCACAUGAUCACCGCAAGUUAUUAGCAGUGUUACUAAGUGUCAUGUGUUGUGAAGGUGUACAGAUGUUGUGUGGGGUGUGUGUUACUGGCAGUCUUCAUUAGGUAGGCCUGGAUAAUUAUCAUCAUCAACAAAGACUCAUGCAUCUGAAGCUCGCGAGUGAUUUAUCCUUUUUCUUUAGGUUGGUGUUUCUGAGGUGGAGAAAAUAACAGUGUUCUUUUUCUUUU